CCACAAGUGGAAUAUUUUUUGGUGGGAAAUCGUUAAUUCGAGAUGGAUUAUUCUGUGCUGGUUGGAGAAACUCUUUUGUGUCCAUUCAAGAAUUGCAAUAGGGUGAUGAAGGAAUGGUCAGCGCCGACUAUGACUGCCAAGAUGAGAACCUUAGCCCUCUCCAACGACUUGAGAAGUACAUGCAGAUUGAAAACGUCUUCAGUCGGCAAAUGGCAGCGCGGAGCCUGCUUGAUACCGUGCGGGCAUGUGGGGAUGAUGAGGAGGAAUGCAUUGGUACCCUGAAAGCCAUGUCCAGGCUCUCUGAGGAUCAAGAUGCUAAUGUGCGAUCAGAGCUAAUGGAGCAGGUGCCACACAUAGCCAUGUAUUGUCAAGAAACACGAGACAUCUUCCCCGAUUCUAUACCGAAUUACCUCUUGCCGAUGGUCGUUAGAUAUCUCACGGAUACAAACAAUCAGGUCCGAAAAACAAGUCAAGCUGCCUUGUUGGUUUUGCUGGAGCAGGAACUCGUGGAUAAAGCUGACGUAGAAGAGCAGGUGUGUCCUGUGAUACUUGAACUGACAAAUCCUGAGAGUUUGGACAUCUAUCGCACAGAAGCCGUCGCUUUGAUGAGUAAGAUGGCGCCACAUAUUGGCAAAGUGAUAACCGAGAGGAUCUUCCUACCGCAGUUUACCGCCUUGUGCACCGAUACCUUGUUCCAUGUCAGAAAGGUUUGUGCGGCCAACUUUGGUGACAUGUGUAGCGUGGUGGGCAUGGACGCAACAGAGGAACACUUGCUACCCAAGUUCUUCUACCUGUGUGAGGAUGGCGUGUGGGGCGUAAGGAAGGCAUGCGCGGAAUGUUUCAUGGCGGUGUCGUGUUCUUGUUCGACAGACGUCCGGCGUCACCAGCUCGCUCAACAGUUCAUUAAUCUACUCUGUGAUCAAUCUAGAUGGGUGCGAAUUGCGGCUUUCGAAGCUCUUGGUCCGUUUAUAUCGACGUUUGCAGAUCCUGGGGUGACUGGCCUGUUCUUUGACGAGGAUGGCAUGCUGUGUUACAAAAGGCCUGACAUGAGGCAUCGGCAUCCUGGUUAUGACAGCGAUGGCUUCUCAUCAGAUGAUGAAAACGUGCCGGAACAUUCCAGCGACAGUAUUGAAACUGCUGACUCUAACUGUGAUAAGUGUGAGGACGCAAAACCACCAACCGCCUCAGCUGCGGACAAUCGGCAAAUAGAGGAUAUGGACAUUGAAAAUGAGGCUAAGCCGUCAACGUCCGACGGAAAAAAGGUCCUCAAUGUGAUAAUCCCUGGUGCUAAUAGUGAACAAGAUGAUGAACUUACGAGUGAUAAUCCGUCAGAUAAUCCAACUAAUCUAUGUGAUAGUGAAAACGCUGCCGAAACUAGUAUAGAGGAAAAAUUAGCCGCAAAGUAUUUAUCGCAAAGUUCUAGAAAUAAUACUAAUAGUGGGGGUGAUAAUGGGGGCAGCGGUGAUAAACUAGCGAAAGAAUUGAACGAAUCUGGAGAAGAAGGGAGUAAAGAUAAGGCGGAUAAGAAAGAGGGCGCCACGGUGGAGGCAUCAUCGAGGGAUGCUCCAGGUAGCGAGGAAAGAUCUGCCGACAUGGAGUUUUCCAGGAAUGUUGAGGUUACCCGCGAAGAUAUAGAAGAGGCCAAGGCGAAACGUCAAGAAAAGGAACGCACCGAGACCGAGUCAUCAGUUCAGUCGAAUGUUAGUACAACAUCGCUUGGAGAUGGUCGCUUACGCAUUCAUUUAGAUAAUGCGGUAGAUUUUAAUUCUUUUAACUUUUGGAGGACUCCUCUGCCGUCGAUAGAUUUAGAUUUUGACCUCGUCGAUGGGAAACCGCAGAACAUCACGGUGAAAGCUACGGCGAUGGAUCAACGCACGAACCAAGUCUACUCGACCGAGAUGAACGUGUCCGUUGACGACCGGAGCCUCAGCAGCCGAAGAACCUUAGAGGACAUCAACACCAUUACUAAAGACUUAAAAGAUACUCACGUCGCUUCUGAACGUAGUGCCUUAGUCGUUCCAAGCAAGCCGGCCCGAGGCGAGGAAGUUACUGCAGCAGAACCGGUACAGAUCCACACCGCUAGUGUCAGUACCGUGACUGAUGCGUCGGAGGAGACGGUGACCCAUAUAGGAAGUACCCAUGUCCUAGGGCACCAGCUGUCCGAGACGACGCUGACCAUUGUCGAUGGGGUGGUACAAGAUGUGAAUGUCAGCAACAGCAGUGUUGGCUAUAUUGACAGUGAUGUUCCUUGUACUCCAGACACCAGUGUCCAGGAGAUCACGUCCGAAGACGGUGACAUGACCAUGUUGACCCUCCAGGAUAUCAUCCCGCAAUCCCUGCUUGAGCAUUACCUGAGUAUGGCGGACCCUGCGCGUGCCCAGACGGUCGAUACGGAGAUUGCCAGACACUGUGCCUUCAGUUUUCCAGCUGUGGCCUACACGUUGGGCCGAGAGUAUUGGCCGUGCUUGAGGGAACUUUACAGGAGUCUUGCUGGAGAUAUGCAGAGUGAUUUUGAUUGCUUUCAGUGGAAAGUCCGUCGGUCGUUGGCAUUUUCCAUACACGAGUUGGCGGUGAUUGUCGGCGAGGAGAUCACGGCGAGAGAUUUGGUGCCCAUCUAUAACGACUUUAUCAAAGACCUCGAUGAGGUUAAGAUUGGUGCAGUCAAACAUUUAGCAGAAUUUGUAAAGCUUCUAAGGCCCUCGUAUAGGAAAGAGUAUUUAUUGCGUCUUCCCGAUAUAAUGAGGACUGACAACAGUAGGAAUUGGCGGUACAGGAUGGAUCUUGGGGAGCAGUUGGUUCUGCUGUGCGACCUUUACAACGCUGAGGACCUCAGUGAUCAUCUCCUGCCUGUCUCGCUGAAGUUGGCAGCAGAUAAAGUGUGCGAGGUCAGACAGUGUGCCUUCAGACUGAUAAGUGUGUUAUUGAAGACAUUCAGUGAAGAUGAAGACCAGAAAUACCUUCAAGGCCUUGUCAACGAUCUUAUUGAUAAAUUUGCUCAAAGUGCCAAGUGGUACGGGAGGCAGACGUUUGGUCAGCUCUGCCACUUCAUCCUCCAAGGUGAUUAUGAUGAGACCAGAUUCGCAUAUGACUUCCUUCCUAGUCUUCUGGCGUUGGGGAACGACCCAAUUCCAAACGUUCGUAUAUCGCUUGCGAAAGUCUUGUCUCAAGAUAUUAUGCACUCGGAUUACUUCACUUCACAACGUAACCCUCACCACGGCGACCAGCUGCGCACUAUCCAGGGUUUACAGUCGGACUGUGAUCGAGACGUACGCUACUGUGCUUCUUUGCCACCGCAAACAGAAAUCGAUGAAGAAUUGAUUAUAGCAGUGUAAUGUGAUCAGAGGGGCAGUCAAACAAGAUAGUGUAUGCAGUGAACGUUUACUUAUAAAAAGAGAGAGUGUUAGCUGAUUUGUGAAGGUUUUAUUCAUGGACCAAUUUACCUGAUGUUAUUCCAUUUAGAUGUUGUUGUAAAUGCAAUUGACCAAGAUCUUUCAAGGACAUUGAAAGUGUGUGAUAGAACUGUUAUACAUGUACAGUGGAACCUCCCUUAGCGGAUACCUCUCUAUGAAGGACAACCUCACUAUUAAGGACACUAGUUUUGGUCCCAAAUUGGUACUUUCCAUUCAAUUUGACCUUUCUAAUCAGGACACUUCUCUAUUAAGGACAUCAUUUGGCAGUCCCGAUGGUGUCCUUAAUAGAGAGGUUCUACUGUAUUCGAUAAAAAAUCUUCGCAUUGGUCAUCAGAAACAAUUUAAUUGGAUUGGAUUAAAGUUUUUGAGGACUCUUGACAACAUCGAUUCAAUUGCCAAGUGAGACCCUAUAAUUAGAAAUUAUCUGAUAAAGUUGGUAUUUUGAGAACCUGUUGACAUGACCAUUCAUUUAAGAGCUCUCAUCGAGCACAUUUUGAUGGUACCAUUUGUGAACCUAUUUACAUGACCAUUGAUUUUGAUGGUACGAUUGGUCUCGAGAUAAUGGAACUUCGAUUCGUUUUCAACAAUUUCUCGAAAUUGCCACAUCCUUUGUGCCAUGAUGGGUUGAGGGAAACAUGUUGCCUUGUCCUCGCCAUCCUUGAUGUGUCCUCGCAUAAUAACCUGCUUGUUAUUGAGAAAGAAUACUCCAGCACUCCGGACCUCUUGUAACACACCAAAGAAUUAGAAUUGCAUGUUUUGCAUGGUUUAACUUGUACCAUGUUUAAUCAAGAUUUUAUUCUAUGAAUAGAGAAACCAUUAUAAUAAAGAAAUUUGAAAUGUUCUGAUGUUUUCCGCUAGGAAUUUAGUUUUGGGUCAAAUAUGUAAUGCCUCUGGUAUUUUCAGGGUUUGGGUUUGGGGUUUUUUAUCUGUUUUAGUGAAUUUUGUGUUAGUAAAUUGCAAGUGAAAUUUUUGACUAGAUGAACAAAAUCAGUGUGGGUUCUUGUAUUUGAAGCGUUGGGUUCAAGAGUGAAAUACGUCUAAUUGAGCCAUUUUGAGAAAAAUGCCGCAUGAUAGAUAAAUGCCAGUGGUGGCGCCACAAUCGAUCGUACCUUCUGACGCCAUGACGUCAUUUUCUGGUCUGUUGACGUCGCAUGAGGUCAAUCACGGGAAACCAUUGCGUACAUUUUUGCACAGGAUUUCAACAACAGAAAACGUGCCCAAUAACUGGCAUCGCGUAUAUUUUCCGCAAAAUUAUCUUAAGAAACUGAUAGCUCAAUAGAUUUAAAACAGGAAGAUGCAAACGUUGCCGAAAUCGGUCGAAAAUAAGCGAUUGUUUUCAGGCUCAGAAAUAACAUGAUAAUGCAUUGGAAAUGGAGAGUUUUGGUUUGAUCGAUUGCAGCGCCACGCGGCGGAUAAAUCGCGCCGGUUCCUCAUUGCCGACGUUCGAUGUGUUCCGUUCUGUAACAGUAUUGAUACUAUGUAACUAGUCUUAACACUUCUUACUUCAAGAUGAAUUGUCAAUUUCAACGAUCCACUAGAACGAGAUGUCAGUGUUCAACACAUGGCUAAUGAUGACCACUCAUCAGCAUGUACGGUAUGACGUUCCAUGCUGAUGACAUCACGCUGGCAGCUUGCAUAAAUUACAAAUCCCGCAAUUUCCCCAGUGAUGGUUUUUAUUGCAUUGUUAAUCAUUAUCAUGAUAUCAUAUUACAAAAUGUUGAAGUUGUCGGUUCAUCUUUCAUAAUUUUGGUCUUAUGACUUCUGAUGUGCCUGGCUUGCUCUUGCAUCGCGUCUCAGAAUGCUGCCUACUUAAUAACAGUGUCUGGUAAUCAAAUCAAAUGAAAAAUCAAAAAGUGGGGUUUUUGGGUGAAAGACCUCACAGAAGUGAUCAAUGACCUAAAUUGAUUGAUGUUAUAGCGAGCAAAGACAUAGGUUUUAAAUUGCCUCACGAAGACAUGCACUUGUGCGUUCUAGUUCUGCAAUCCUAAAAAUACAUGGAAUGGCAUCUGACAUCUUGCUCUGCAAUGCCACGGAGCAUGGGUGUUUUGCUGGUAGUCGAAUUAUCAUUCACGAUUUUAAGUUAUGUUACUUCAAGCACUGUUCUACUCAUAGGUUUCUUUGUGCAACUGUAUUGAAAUUAAAUGAAUGGUUGAAGAAAUGAGACAUGUAAACCAUUUGCAGGAAAGCAUUGGUGAGUUUCCGAAAUGCCUGCAAAUUGCACCAGAUUUUGUAAGUUUCUGAAACGCCUGCAAAUUGCACCAGAUUUUGUAAGUUUCCAAAAUGCCUGCAAAUUGCACCAGAUUUGUAAGUUUCCAAAACGCCUGCAAAUUGCACCAGAUUUUAUGAUGUGGUUGUCUUGCCAAUGUGAGCUGAUUGCAUUACUGUGCAAAGUUUACUUGUGUCCAAGGUUCUUUACAUGUCCAGUGAUUGAGUCAGAUUUACAUUCGACUAACUAAGCUCUAAUGCUUUGUGUAUGAAAUUGAUGACUAUUAUUUUCAUGAGCCAACUCUGUGAAUACGUAUUCAGGACAUAGUUUGGUUAGAGAGCUCUUGCCAGGUGCACGGCCGUGUCUCGCGGCCGUUAUAGGCUGAGUAUCUAUCAGCUGUGCAGUUUCCUUGCUCUAUGUUUGCUUGUGACUUAAUAGUGCCAGGCCUCACCCAAAAUUAACCUACAUAUGUCGGGCUUAUUGGACGUUUCUGUUGGUUGUACUAGUGGAUGUGCAAUGGAGACAAUGGUAAUAAUGCCAAAGUCCACCAGUCACAAGGUGUGCAGCCUUACAGUGUUGAUGCGUUCUGCUCUGUAGAUGCAUUGCCUGAAGGUAUCCGUGUGCUUGUUGACCAGGAAAAGACAAUAGUUGAAUUUUGUGGGAAACAGAUUUUUGCCAUGCUUCAUUUUGGUUUUCAAUGUUCUUUGCAACCAAAUCAAGGACUUAUAUAACAUUGUGUAAUUAAUUACUUAAAAUGUAGAUAUUGACAAUUAAAACUGUGCUAACAUUAUUAUCAUUA